AUGGCUCAGAGAGACAUCUCCCCCCUGCGGUCGCCCUUGUCGUCGGCCGCAUCGCUAGUGUCUACCGCCUUGCCUAAGACGACGAUCAUCAUCAAUAAUCUCCACAAGAACGACUUUCUCGUCAAUACCCAGCCCCGACAUGUGGACUUUUCGCCCAACUUCCGCAAGCUUUCGCUUGCUGACCAGAUAAAGAUCUCCAUUCUCAACUUGGAAACUGAAGCUGCACGAGACAACAAAAAUGAUAACGACUACUAUUUAAACCACAUCGACCACUGGUCCAAUCUUCCGUUCUUGAAUAGAAUCAUCGUAAUUUUGAAAGACGAAAACGCCGCUUUCAACAUCUACCAAUACUUGACUUCCGACCUGGAAAGCUCCCUAACGUCGUUGUUCCCCUACAUCAAGGUGUCCCUCCAGGAAAACUUGCUUUCACGGUCAAAGUCUGCCGAUGCGCUUAUCAAGUCCAAUAACGAAAACCUCAAUGUCGCAAAGACUUUGGCCAACUUCAGGGACUUCCAUAAUAGUGGUGGUCGCGAAGAUGGAAAAGAACCAGAAUACCUUUAUAACGAGCCCGAACCACAUCCGUUCGAUGUCAUCCGAGACUUGUCCAAGAUCGGAAUAGACGUCAGUAGCUAUAACGACGAAAACGAAAUUCCUUCCCAGUUCAAUAGCCAGACGGCCUCUGUCGAGUUGACAGACAAGAGUCCAGAUCGUACCACACGUAUGUCCAGAACAAGAUCGCUCACCAGAACCCUUUUCAAACCCGAGUUGAAGUUGAAUACAGCCGACAUCAACCAGAAACUGCUGGAAACCAAGCCGGUGUAUCCCUCGAGUCCUACCAUCACGUUGGAUGAAAUGUUCUAG